AUGAACUUUCCAGACGGAAAAUCCCUGCCUUCAUGGGUGGUUGAUAAGAUUGGGACCGAUUGUUGUCAAUGGCAAGGGGUUGAAUGCAGCAACACAACUAAACGAGCAAUCAAACUUAAUCUUGAUUUUGCUAGGGAUUGGAAAUUAGGAGAUUGGUAUUUUAAUGCCUCUCUAUUUCUUCCCUUUCAAGAGCUCAGAAAUCUCUCUUUGCAUCGGAAUCAGUUAGUUGGAUGGAUUGAGAAUGAAGGUUUUGAUAAAUUGUCAAAGUUGAGAAAUUUGGAGGCCCUUGAUGUGGGUGGCAAUUCAUUUGAUCGCAAAAUUUUGUCAUCUCUUAGUCGGCUUUCUUCUCUCAAGUAUUUGGGAUACAGCUACUCACAAAGAGAAAAUUACAGCAAUGGUCGUGAAAGACUUUUUGGAUUAACCAAGCUGGAAGUUCUUGAUUUUAGUCAUAAUUAUGGGUUUGGCGAUGACAACACUCUAUCGUUGCUAAAUCUAAAUGAUUUUAUCAAUUUGAGGGAGCUCGACCUAAGUUGCAAUAAAUUUAGAAGCUUGGGUACCAUUUACGGUCUAAAAAAUUUGAAGGUCCUUAAUUUAAAAUCAAAUAACUUCAAUAAUAGCAUUUUCUCCUCACUUCAUGGGCUAUCAUCACUCAAGUCUCUAGAUCUCUCUGUCAAUGAACUAAGAGGAACUAUCCAAAUGAAAGAUUUACAUGCUUUGAGUAAUUUGGAGGAGCUUGAUCUAAGUGACAAUGAGGUCGACAACUUCACGACUCCAACAGGCAUAGAAAGUAUGCAUCGUCUCCAAGUUCUAAAAUUAAAUGAAAUAAGUGUCUCCAACAUUAGCAACAUGGUGCAAUCUUUGAGAGCAUUCUCAUACCUCAAGCACUUCCAUUUUCGGUACAAUUAUGUAAACGGAAGCAUUGGAUGUUAUGAGUUGAGACAUUUAAAACGGCUGGAGGGAUUAUUCUUGGAGAAUUCUACCGUGGAUGGGAACUUUCUACAAAGUAUUGGAGCACUAACUUCCCUCAAGAUUUUAUCUUUGUCCAACUGUGGACUAAAUGGAACCCUUCCCGUUCAAGGGUUGUGUGAACUCAAAAACCUCCAAGAGUUAGAUCGGAGUAGGAAUGAGUACGAAGGAAUACUUCCUUCAUGUGUUGCAAACAUGACAUCUCUUAGAUUGGUUGAACUCUCACACAAUACUUUCACCGGAAACAUUGCUUCCUCUCCACUUUCGAAACUCACAUCGCUCGAAUAUCUCUCUCUUUCAAGUAACAACUUUCAUGUUCCAAUUUCAUUCAAGGCAUUCUUUAAUCAUUCAAACUUUAAGUUUUUAUUUUUGGAAAACAAUGAAAUAAUAAAUGACAACGAGUUGGGAAUUUUGGUUCCCAAUUUUCAACUAGAGGGUUUUAGUAUGUCGAAUUCAAGAGGUCAUCCAACACUACCCAACUUCCUUUACUAUCAAUCUAAUUUGGGAAUUCUUCAUCUCCCAAAUAACAGCAUAGGAGGGAAUUUUCCAACUUGGUUGUUGGAGAACAACACAAGACUUAGUGGACUAUAUUUGAGGGAUAAUGCUUUUACAGGACCUCUCAAAUUGCCAACAAGCACCAAUCCCAACAUGGAGACUUUUGAUGUAUCUAAUAACGAGUUCCAUGGACAUAUUCCAACUAAUCUAACUUCAGUUUUUCCGAACUUGGACGCAUUAAACAUGUCAACAAAUAUGUUUGACGGUUGUGUACCUUCUAGUUUCGGUGACUUAAAAUCUAUAGAUUACAUGGACUUGUCCAACAAUAACUUGUCAGGUACAAUACCACAGGAAUUAGUAAUGGGAUGCUUCUCUCUGUUUUUUCUCAAAUUAUCGGAUAAUGAAUUGCAAGGACAAAUAUUUCCAGGAUCUAUCAACCUACUGGACUUGAAGUAUUUAUAUCUGGACAGCAAUGAGUUCUCAGGCACCAUUCCAAAGAGCUUGUCUACCAUCCCUCUUGUAGUGUUUGACGUUAGUAACAACCAUUUGUCGGGCAGAAUUCCUACAUCAGUGGGUAAUAUGACAAGAUUGAAUCAAAUUUUUGUGUCAAACAACCAGCUUGAGGGUCCAAUCCCGGAGGAAAUUUGCAAUCUCGAUUAUCUUAGGGUCUUAGAUUUAUCUGAGAACAAGUUAUGUGGUUCGGUCCCAUCUUGCUUCAAUCCAUCACGGAUGAGUAAUGUCUAUCUGAACAAUAACCAAUUGGAGGGUGAGCUCACGCAUGCAUUUUAUAAUAGCUCUUCUUUGGUGUCAUUGGAUCUUAGAUGGAAUAAGUUCAUUGGAAGUAUCCCUCAAUGGAUUGGCAAUCUAUCAAGCCUGAGCAUUAUUCUUCUCAGAGGUAACCAUUUUGAAGGCACUAUCCCUCACCAAUUUUGUGAGAUGAACAAACUAACGAUGAUAGACCUUUCUUUCAAUUUUCUUUCGGGUCAAAUCCCAUACUGCUUUGGUAACAUAACGCUAGAGGAAAACCUGAAGAAGUCUGAUUUUUUUCGAGUAUUCGAUUCUCAAAUUCAAACAUUCACGUCUUACAUGGAUAAGGUCCAGUUAGAAAGGGCCUAUCAUGUGCCUUUCUACAAAACUGGAUAUUUCAGAUUAAAUGAUGUGUCAAUUACAGUGACAUUCAUGACGAAGAAUAAUUUUCAUCUUUACAAAGGUAGCAUCCUCGAUUACAUGUCAGGAAUUGAUCUCUCUUCAAAUAAUUUACAUGGUGAAAUUCCGGAUGGCCUUGGAAACUUAAGUGAGAUCCGUGCACUCAACUUGUCCCACAACUAUCUUAUUGGAACAAUUCCAGAAACAUUCUCAAACCUGCGACAUAUCGAGAGCUUAGAUCUCUCCUAUAACAACUUAGGUGGGAGGAUCCCCACUGGUUUGAUGGAGUUAAACUUUUUGGCAGUCUUCAUUGUGGCGCAUAACAAUUUAACAGGUAUGAUACCAGAGAAACGUCAGUUUGGAACUUUCGAUGAAAGUAGCUAUCAGGGAAAUCCUCAUCUUUGUGGUCGUCCAUUACCUGUCGACUGUGCUAGCACCAGAUCAACACCUGUCUUGCCAUCUGCUGAUGAUGAAAGCCGUGUGUUCUGGACAAUAUUCCCAUUUUCCGAAUCGAGAUUUGAUAAUUCGGAAGUAACGAAGCAAUGA